AUGGCAAGGCUCCGAUUGCCAUGGGCACUCUUCGGCCUCUCUUGGCUCCUGGCCACAGGCUUCACGGAUUUCAGGAACGAGUCCCGAGAAGGUCAUCAUCCUCUGAUGCGAUCCAAGCAUCGUGGAAAUAGGGGAGUUCUGAUUCCUGUCGACGCACAAGGCCACACUGGUGCUCCUGACUUUCGCAAUACCGUCGACGAAAUUGCACGGUUGGAUCCAGCCAAGUGCAACAUUUUCACUUUAUGGGAGAAACCGAGCUCGUUGUCAGAGCAGCCCUUAUUUCAGCGAUUAGUCAUAGAAGCAUGGCGCCGGCACUCCCAUAAUCUCUGCAACGACCCGUUCCUCAUCACCGAUGACAAUGUGCGGCAAGUCAUUCCAGACAUCCCCGAGGAGUACUUCAAUUUGCCAUACCCUGCCGCGAAGUCGGACUUCAUUCGAUAUGCAGUUCUAUACCACAAUGGCGGCAUUUAUGUUGAUUUCGACAUGCUUACCGUGCAAGACAUCGACGAAAUUGUGGAGAAAGUUGGGCUACUGGAUUUGGUGUCUUACAGCGACGGCUAUGGUCCCGACCAUGAGUCGUGCCGAGGAUUUUCCUCCAAUUUCCUCGGAGGCCGCAAGGGCAGUGACUUUCAUCGAGCGGUCUGGGAUGCGCAGAAAGCUGCAGUUACUCGACAUUGCAACCUUGCCGAGAAGAAGGAGGAGAAAGUGUGCUGUUUCGAUGACAACAAAGAGCAGUGCCACAUCCCUUGGGGAGGACUGGGCGAGUGGAUUUCCCACAAUGUCUUCGCAUCCAGACCACCCAAGGCUGCUUUCUGCUUCAGUGGCAAUGAAUCGUUCAACCCGGACCGCUUCGAGUUUGUUCUGGAGCACAAGCAGAAGCUGGAGGACGCGAAUGCUGAGUUCGAAGCUUCUCACGUCCCGCAACCUCUGAGCAGGCGGCUCUACCACUUCUUCAACGCGCUGCAUGGCUGGGAGAGGCACACCUGUGCAGCACUGUUCAACGAGACAACACUGGUCGGCCACCUCUUCUCUGCAAGCUUCACAUCUGGCCAUGGAGCAGUGACCAAGGCAAACACCAGCUCGGAAUUUAUGAGGGCGCAUCCCGAGUUCAACAGUGUCAGCAAGAACUACCCUAGCCUUGACGGAAGAAGUCUUCCUUGCCAGCUGAACCAGUGA